UUCAUCUCUGUCUGCUAGUACUUAUUUAUGCUAUGUAGCUUUUUAUUUUUACCUUUUUCCCCUUUCGGCUUGCUUCUUGACAAACUUAAGAAGCACCAUCGGAUAAAAAAAGGCAAAUAGAUUAAGGGGUAAAAACUUCAGAGCAUGGAAUUAAAUACUGACUGCCUGUUUAUUUUUAAGUCCUGAGAAACCCAAAGGAAAUUUUUGGUGUUUUGCUGGUUUCUUUUGGGUGUUCUCCUUUUCUCUAGCACUUUUUAUUGUGGGCAUUGGGUUCUUUUCUCCGCCAUCUGUCAACGUCAUGGCUUCAUCAACAUCUUUGAAUGCCGAAUCACUUUCAUUUGCAUCGCAGAGACUCUUAGCCUUAGCCCAGCAGCUGCGUCAUUACAAGCCCCCACCUUGUUCCUUGGACGACAACCAGGAACAAAUCAUUGAGGAAGCUGCAGGGAAAGUUGUUUCGCAAGUGGGUUUUCAAGAAUCCGUUACCCCAGUUGCCCGAAACCUGGAAAAGUUUAGACCCAAAAGAGCUGCUGUUUUGAUCUGUCUCUUUGAAGGGGAUGCUGGGGAUCUGCGCGUCAUAUUGACCAAAAGGGCUUCAAGAAUGACUACUCAUUCGGGGGAAGUUUCAUUGCCAGGUGGGAAAGCAGAGGAGGGGGACAAAGAUGAUGAUGAGACAGCUACUAGAGAGGCUAAAGAGGAGAUUGGGUUGGAUCCUUCACUUGUGAAUGUUGUAACCGUUCUUGAACCAUUUUUGUCUAAGCAUCUUCUUAGAGUAGCUCCUGUCAUUGGCAUACUUAACGACAAAAAGGCAUUCAAGCCUACUCCAAAUCCUGCGGAAGUGGAUGCAGUAUUCGAUGCUCCCCUGGAAAUGUUCAUUAAGGACGAAAACCGAAGCGCGGAAGAGAGAGAAUGGAUGGGAGAGAAGUAUCUUCUUCACUCCUUUGACUAUGAAACUGAGGAUACGAAGUAUUUAAUAUGGGGUUUAACUGCUGGGAUUUUGAUAAGAGCUGCUUCAGUGGUCUACCAGCGACCUCCAGCUUUCCUGGAACAGAAUCCCAAGUUCAAGUUUCCUGCAGUUGUGAACAAAAAUACUGUUAUGCUUUAAAUAAAGUUUCAGGAAUUUUAAGCUUGGCUUGUGUUCCAAUUUCCAAUUCUAUAUAAUAAUUCUAUAUAUAGAAGGUGAGUCCAAUGGGGGGGAUUGAAGUAAAACUCGAAGUAAAUCUAUAUAGAGAAAUAAUGAUUAAUUUUUUCGAAAUUAUAUAAACAAAAUUAAAAAUAAUU